GACGGGGCACAAGAGAGGGCAGUUUGUGAAUAAAAAACCAUCCGGUGACACCCGGCGAAAGAUUCCACCAACGGAAUCCAAUCUUUGCUUCAACCCUUCACCAACCGAAGCAACCCAACACCUCAACCCUCAAAUUCCUCGAAGCCUAAAGCCACCUGCUUUUCCCAGUUGGUAUAACUUGCACCACCAAUUUCCAGUCACAAAUUUCUACUGGAAGGAUAAAAAAAUAAAAAAACCCCGAACUCCUUCAGAAUCAUCUUCAACAACCACCAAGUACAAUUAAACCGGUCGACCCAAUACCUGCCCGGAGGCUGACGUGACCCAGACCCGUAAGCUCAAUCCGGACCCAGAGAAACCCGAGGACGAGACCACCCAGAAAUGCGAAAAUCAUCAGCAUCAUCAUCACAGCCCAAUACUGCAUAGGGCAGGGAGAGCUAUGAGACUGGUGGUGCCUCUGCAAGGGGUAGUACAAGGCAGGGGUGGCCUAAUACUGGGCUCCUUAAUCCCAUGUGCACUCUACUAUUUCCUCCAGUUUUACCUCAAACGACGCCGUUCUCCACCCCCUCCCCCUCCUUCCAGCCCUCGCUCACCGUCCACGUCAUCCGUCAACCUGGCCGACUUGCCUCGUUCGUCUUCCCGCUUAAGUUUAUCCACGCGGGGGUCCAUCGGCCGAGUACACGUGUCAGCUAGGGCCAGUUCCAUUGCCAAGCCCAAUACUUCGCCCUACUACAUUGGACUGGACAGGGUUCGAGGGGAUCCAUAUGACCCGGUGCAGAAUCCGGGCGGUAUUAUUCAGCUGGGAUUAGCUGAAAAUCGGUUGACAUUGGAUUUGAUUGAGGAAUGGCUGUCAAAGCAUAUGAAUGAAGCGGUGUUGCUGGGAGGAGUUGAUGGUGGUUUAAGUAUUAGUGGAAUUGCCCCAUACCAGCCGUCUGAUGGAUUGAUGGAGUUGAAAGUGGUAAUGGCAGGUUUCAUGACUCAGGUCAUGGGAGGAACUGUCUCUUUUAAUCCAUCACAACUGGUAUUAACAUGCGGUGCAACUCCUGCAGUUGAGAUACUCUCCUUUUGUCUGGCUGACCAAGGGAAUGCAUUCCUUGUUCCAACACCCUAUUACCCUGGUUUUGAUAGGGAUAUAAAGUUCCGCACAGGUGUGGAGCUCAUACCUGUUCACUGUCGCAGCUCAGAAAAUUUUGUGCCGAGCAUUGCUGCUCUUGAUCAGGCAUUUAAUCAGGCCAAAAAACGAGGUCAAAAAGUUCGUGGGAUACUCAUUACAAAUCCUUCAAACCCGGUAGGAAACCUGCUGUCAAGGGAAAUCCUAUAUAAUCUCUUAGAUUUUGCCAGAGAGAGGAACAUUCACAUUAUAUCAGAUGAAAUAUAUGCUGGGUCAGUGUAUGGUGAUGAGGAGUUUGUAAGCAUGGCAGAGAUUCUUGACUCAGAAGAUUUUGACAAGGAUCGGGUUCAUAUAGUAUAUGGGGUUUCAAAAGACCUUUCUCUUCCAGGCUUCAGAGUUGGUGCUAUAUAUUCGUUCAACGAAUAUGUUUUGGCUUCUUCAAAAAAGCUAGCUAGAUUUUCCUCAAUUUCUGCUCCAACCCAGAGGAUUUUAGUUUCUUUACUAUCGGAUUCUGGGUUCGUGCAGGAUUACCUCCAGACUAAUAAACAGAGAAUUCGCAGAUUACAUGACUUGUUUGUGCUUGGUCUUGAACAAUUAGGAAUUGAAAGCACAAAAAGCAGCGCUGGUUUUUAUUGUUGGGUAAAUAUGAGCAGAUUAAUCAGCCCAUACAACGAGAAAGGGGAGCUUGAACUGUGGGAGAAGCUUUUAGAUAUAGCCAAGAUCAAUGUAACCCCUGGCUCGGCUUGCCAUUGUAUUGAACCUGGAUGGUUUAGAUGCUGUUUUACUACACUAGAUGAUACGGAUGUCGGUGUUGUUGUAGAUAGGAUACGUAAUAUUGUUGAAACUUGUAAAUCUCCAGCUUAAGAAACUUCUGAGAGUGGUAUUAAAUGAACGGAUUGUUGGAAUAACCACACAAUAAUGAUCACACAUAAUUCAGGACUUGAGCUGGCCACUACCGGUGAUCGACACAGAGUGAUAGCACCUUUUUAACUUGAAAAUCAUACAGCUAAAUUUGGAGUUUUAAUAUGCUUAUCUAAUAGAAGGAUUUGAAGUUGCUGAUUAAUGCAACUGUUCAGA